ACAUCUGUUCAGUUUACAUUCACUCUGUUCUAGGUAAUGACCCAUUUAUUAUGGUAAACACUGCUUGUAAUACACAACCGCCUCAUGUCAGAAUGGGGGCCCUGGCAUGGAAGAGGUGUGUUGGAUGUGGAUGCAAGAUUUUGGACCGCUUCCUCCUGUUUGCUUUGGAUGGAUACUGGCACUGCCACUGUCUCAAGUGCUCCUGCUGCCAAGCCCAGCUGGCAGAAAUUGGCUCAUCGUGUUUCACAAAGCGUGGCUUGAUCCUCUGCAAAAGUGACUAUAUAAGAUUAUUUGGUAACAGCGGAGCCUGCAGGGCUUGCAGCAAGUCUAUCCCAGCAAAUGAAAUGGUUAUGCGAGCACAGGGCAAUGUUUUCCAUGUCAAGUGUUUUGAAUGUUCCAUCUGCCAUAACCAGCUACUACCUGGUGAGCGCUUUCACUAUGCGAAUGGAAAACUGUACUGUGAACGGGACAGGCCAACAUCUUGUGUGCACAGAAACGACCACUUGGAUUCACUCAGGGAGCACAACAUAUCCGAACCGAAGUCCUGAGCUCAUCUUUUUGCUGAGCUCCGAGAAAGAGACACUAAUGGAGCUCCUAGUUUCAUAUUCAAUACCUCAUAUAACCCAGUAGUUGCUUUGUCAGCUACAGUCUAUUUUGUGAAGGUCUAAUAUUGUGGAAAUUCAAUGUAUAUGGUAAUAUCUGGCAGUUUAAAUGAGGUUAGCCAUUGGAGCUAUAAAGCAAUAUCAGCGAGCAUCCUUGCGUAUCAUAAUCAAUUAUGAAUUGGUUUUGCACAGAAUGACCUUUCUUAUAUGUUGUGGACCUGCAAUUUAGUUUGUGUUUGUUAGUUUUGAAAUAGUGAUGUGUUCUUCACUUUCAGGCAGUGAGAACACACCAUCCUCCACUGGUGUGUGUGAGUGACGUUGAUCUUUUGGUAAUGAUACGGAUAUUCUUCCUGGUCUGCAAUUACAGUAUCACUGCAAUUAACCUGUUCAUAAAUCAAAUUUAGCAGCAUCCAGAGAGCCCAUGUUCUCUGUAUCCUUUAAAACAGCACUCCAGAUGAUCUCUUGGAGAGCAUGAUGGGUUUUUUGUUUGUUUGUUUUUUAAAUUAAUUUUAAGCUUGCUA